AUGACAGACACAACAGCCAUCAACAGACAAACAAACUUGGAAAGACAGGCAAAAGUCGACAUGGAUCACGUGAAACGCGACAAGCCAUUAGAAUCCUCUCAAGAUCGCUCUAAUACCAAUCCCGAAGUCGAAGUCAAUUUGGCGGACGUCGCCGGACUUGCCAAGUACCUUCAGUCCCUGCUCGAGAAGAAGAUCUAUAAGAAGGACGACCCGGAAUUCCUCGAAAUUAUGGAGUGGUUCGGACGUCUCAUGGACGCUGUCCGCGUCCUCGACAAAUUCGCCGAGAUCCCUCGGUCCGAUCUUGAUGAGAGCAAGCUCUAUAUAAGCACCUACCCGGAAAUCCUUCAAAAUGGAAACUGGAGCGUACUUGUUGAACGCGCCAAGAAAGCGGUUUACGAGGAAGACAUGGCCACGGCAGGGAAGUACCUGCAUCAUUCACGCGAGAUCGUGUCCUGCAUCAUCAACGGUAAGGAGAGGGCGUUCUCGGACCUGGGUUACGAAGAACUACGGAAAAUCGUCGACGAAACCCUUGCCAAGAUGGGGAAAAGAGCCAAAGAAGUCAAAGAAUUGGAACAGUUCUAUAGAUUAUCUAGGAAACGUUCAUCACGGUGA